UUCAAAUUAAAUAUGUGCGAUAUAACUGACAGCGAAGGGUCACUAGCUGCAACAUUGUCUCACGACGAACUGCUGGAGAUCACUCAAUCUUCAAUUAGCACGCUUUUGACCUGCGAUCCUUUGCUCUCAGAUCUUCCUCCAGAUAUUACUCUUGAAGAGGUUUUGUCUCAGAUUGCUGUAGAGCAUGGCCAAGCUAUUACAAUUUUCAUAAACCGGGAGGAUGAACCAGUGUUGAAAGUUGUUGUCCCUCAAAGUGCAACUGUCAGUGAUCUGAAGAAGGCGAUUGCAAGGCAUUUUGAGAUUUACCAAAAAAGAAUAAAGAACAAAGUGAAAAUAUCCUGGAAAUACAUUUGGAAAACAUAUGAUCUCAAUUACGAAGGCCUCAUAUUAGAUUGUGAUCACAGAAGUAUAGAUGAAUACGGAGUAACAAAUAAGGUUACAUUGACUUUCAAGAAGAGAAGGAAAAGGAAAAGAAUAUAAAAUGAUUACUAACAUUUA